AUGCUUGCAGAGGCGACACCUGGCGGUUCGCAUCUGAACCUCCAGAAGAGACGCGAAGUGCUUCAGGAGAACCAACGCUUCGCCCAGCAGAUCCGCGGGUUAGAACUAACUUACGGCAAGAUCGCAGCACAGCAGAAAAGCCUCAUCAGCGCCUUAGAAAACGGCAUGAGCAGCCAUAAGACGACUCCGAUAAACACGCAGAAAGUCGAGAACCUUCAAGAUGUCAGGAAAUCUUAUGACGUCUUACUGACUAGAGACAUAGGCGCCGUCCAGCAAAGAAAGUCGCACCAUACAGAAGUCUUGGAGACGCUCUUAAACGCGGUGGAAGAUCUCAAGAUCUUGAGAGAUUCGACAAAGGCGGACUUGGUUGAACCCAUCUUCUAUACAGAAAUGAGCAACGCUGAGAGAGAACGCACAGCAGAUCUCUUGGCAAGAUGGAAGACUCUCUUAAAGGACGAGAAUGACUUGACUGUCUUGCACCACGAAUAUCCUAAGACUCCGUUCAAAGGAAUAACGAGCGAUAGACCUUGGUACAGUCUGGAUCCGAGAGACGCUGCGAGAUUUGGCGGGAUUUUGUCCCUCAUACCUGUCACUUUGGACAUCGCAAAAAAGACACACAGAGUGGUACAAACUGUGGCGUCGGGAGAAAACUCUAUGCUACAAAAAGAUAGCCUCAAACUUCCAAGCGUUUUGUCGGACUUGGUUAAGUUUCAUCCUAACUCGUCCGAUGCCGAGCCUACUCGAGUUCACACGCAGCAACGCCGGAAGUGGGAGAAACCAAACGUCUUUGGAGAGGAGCGGCCGGAAGUGACGUACAGAAGAGCGGCCUCCGCUGUUUCGGAUGUGCAGGACAACGAAGUUGCUGCGCCCAAGAGAAAACAGUGGUCAAAAGAUCCUCUUUCUAUGUCUACUCCAGGAUAUCUAUCGAAGAAUCCUCACAAUCCGGGACAUGUGGGCCAAAAAUCAAACCCUGGAGUACACAAUGGCAAAGGGAACCCAGGGACCCCAAUUUCAAAUAUGACAAGAGGCCAGAGACAAGGCAUGCAGGGAGCAUCGGGGGAAUAUAUUCGCGUUAUCGUUAAAGACAUGAUUGCUCCGCUCAGUGUCCAAGUUAAGGCCAACUCGGACAAACUCCAGGACGUGGAGGGACAAGUUCGGCAAUGUUCGGCCCGACUGACGACUCUGUCCGAACACCAGGCGGGCCUCGCUCUGAAAGUGUUCGAGGCGAUUCGGAAGGACCUGGAGGAACAUCUCAACACCAACAUCCGGGACAUCAUCAAGACGGAAAUGGAGACCUUAACACCGAGGAGUACUGAAGAGAUUAGGAAACAGAUGGAAGAGUCGAUGAAACAGAAGCUGGACAGUUUCUACCGUGUGGAGGUCCAGCGACUGGCCAGUCAGCUGCACCAGGACACGCUCCGGACACAGAAGGAGGUGGAGGGGCUCAAACAGUCACAGAGGGACACGGACCUCAGAGUAACAGAAGAGAAGUACGGUCCGUUACAGCGUCAACUGGACCAGCUCCGGGAGCAGAACACUGCGGAGCUGCGCCGCCUGGAGGCGCUCGUGGUGGAGGAGAGGAACCGGCUGGAGCAGAGACUCAAGAGGGAGGAGGAGAAAAUAGAACACAGGUUUGCAACUGGGGCUGGAAUUCACGAAGAGAGUCAUCAAGACCGGACCGCCCAGUCCGAGCUGUUCAAGUACGUGCAACAAGAACUUGGUCGUCUGCAGUUGAAGGUGCGCCACCUAGAGGACGCCGUGGUACAGCAGCGGGCGGACACAGGUCCUAAGGGCACCCUCCGUGGAGACCAGUUACUGUGGAUCGCCCGUCAGGUGGGAAACAAGUACUGGAACCUCGGCAUCAAACUGGGCCUGAGUCUGGGGGCACUGGGCGAGAUCAAGCACGCCAACCCGGGUGACGUGGAUCAGAUGGCCUUCGCGAUGUUGUUAGACUGGCAGCGGCAGUACGGGGAUGGCGCUACCGUGGACAGGAUCGUGGACUCGCUACACCAGCUGCACCUUACUAAACUGGCGGACAGCGUCAGGGAUAGUCUACCACCAUGA